AUGUGGGAAGCGCUGCUGUCCCAGCCCCUCAUCUUGGUGAAGGUCUUGAGGGAGCUGAGAAGGAACCUCCAGCACCUGCAGUUACGUAUCGGAAGCAGAUUCUGCAGAGUGAAGUUCUGUAUCCGGCUCUUGGCUCUCCUGGCCUGCAGCGAUGUGACACCAGAGGAAUUCGCUGGGGUGUACAACAGGGAGAAGUUCCCGUGGUGUCAAAAUGUGGUGCUGUUCUCGCUGACGCUCACAGGCCUCAUCACGUUGUCACAGUCACCUGACACGGCAAAGAAAAUACUGGUCCUGCUGCCAGAUUUGAUAUACAUGCUGCAGACAGCCCACAGUAAGAACAGAAAGAAGAUGCUGCUCAUUUUCAGAAAUGUGAUGGGUCAUUUGAAGAAGAAGGACAGCUCCACUGCUCUGCAGCUGGCCGAGAAUCUCCCGCAACUGUUUGAUGAUGUGUCCAGCCAGGUGCGAGAGCUCUCCAUCUGCCUAUUCAAAGAAGUAAUACAGAUGGCGGAUUGGAAGCACCAGCGGCAGAUGCGGAAGAACGUGCAGGGGAGCCUGGUCCCACUCGUGUUGCACAUGAGUGAUGAGACUGAGAGUGUGGCCAAGGUACAGAUUGCAAACCUGAGCAGUGGUGUGGGGAAGGGCAUGCUGAGCCCGCGGGGGCCUCUCACGAAACCUUCUGUGUAG